UUUAGGGGAUAAAAAGGUAGCCAUGGAAGAGACCUUUGUGCCUUUCCGAGGCAUAAAAAAUGAUCUCAAAGGCAGAUUAAUGUGUUACAAGCAAGACUGGUCCGGCGGGUUUAAAGCAGGCUUCAGGAUUCUGGCUCCCACCACUUACAUUUUCUUCGCUUCUGCGAUCCCUGUCAUUUCAUUCGGUGAACAACUUGAGAGAGACACUGAUGGGGUUCUCACGGCGGUUCAAACCUUGGCAUCCACGGCACUCUGCGGUGUCAUACACUCGAUCAUCGGAGGUCAACCCUUGCUGAUAUUAGGUGUAGCAGAGCCGACUGUCAUUAUGUAUACAUUCAUGUUUGACUUUGUUAAAGACAGACCAGAUAUGGGUCGGGACAAGUUUCUAGCAUGGACCGGAUGGGUUUGUGUAUGGACUGCAGGCUUGCUGUUCUUGCUCUCUAUCCUGGGAGCUUGUUCGAUUAUCAACAGGUUUACCCGCGUCGCUGGAGAAUUGUUCGGUCUACUUAUAGCUAUGUUGUUCAUGCAGCAAGCUAUAAAGGGCCUUGUGGAAGAGUUCCGGAUUCCACAUAACGAGAACCUGAAAUCGACGCAAUUUUUACCUUCAUGGAGGUUUGCCAAUGGCAUGUUUGCUUUGGUGCUGUCAUUUGGCCUUCUUCUCACGGCACUAAGAAGCCGGAAAGCUAGAUCGUGGCGCUACGGGACGGGUUGGCUUAGAAGCUUUAUAGCAGACUAUGGUGUGCCCCUUAUGGUACUGAUUUGGACAGCAUUGUCCUAUAUACCCACCAGAGAUGUUCCGAAAGGAAUCCCACGUCGUCUCUUCAGCCCGAAUCCCUGGUCCCCCGGUGCUUACGAAAAUUGGACAGUCGUCAAGGACAUGCUGAAUGUUCCGGUCGUCUACAUUAUCGGAGCCUUCAUUCCAGCCACAAUGAUCGCCGUGCUUUAUUACUUUGACCAUAGUAUAGCAUCUCAACUAGCUCAACAGAAAGAGUUUAAUUUGAGAAAACCAUCUAGUUAUCAUUAUGAUCUACUCCUUUUGGGAUUCCUGACAUUGUUAUGUGGUCUCAUUGGUGUCCCUCCGGCAAAUGGGGUCAUUCCGCAAUCUCCAAUGCAUACCAAGAGCUUGGCAACCCUGAAGCACCAGCUGCUCCGUAACCGGCUCGUUGCCACGGCACGGAAAAGCAUGAGCAAGAAUGCUAGUUUGGGACAAUUGUAUGGGAAUAUGCAAGAAGCCUAUCAACAAAUGCAGACCCCUUUAGUUUACCAGGAGCCAUCGGCAAGGGGGCUGUAUGAACUAAAAGAAUCAACCGUUCAAGCCGCAACAUGUUCGGGCAACAUCGAUGCCCCUCUCGACGAGACUUUAUUCGAUAUCGAGAAAGAGAUCGAUGAUCUAUUACCGGUCGAAGUAAAAGAGCAGCGUCUAAGUAACCUGCUUCAAGCCGCCAUGGUAGGAGGAUGUGUUGCAGCAAUGCCCAUUCUCAAAAGGAUUCCAACUUCGGUCCUGUGGGGCUACUUCGCCUUCAUGGCGAUCGAAAGCUUACCGGGUAACCAAUUCUGGGAAAGGAUCUUAUUGCUCUUCACAGCACCCAGCAGGAGAUAUAAAGUUCUUGAGGAGCAACAUGCAACCUUUGUGGAGACUGUUCCAUUCAAGACAAUUGCCAUCUUCACCGUUUUUCAAACUGUUUAUCUGCUCGUAUGUUUCGGGUUAACGUGGAUUCCUAUAGCCGGCGUUAUGUUUCCAUUGAUGAUCAUGCUUUUAGUACCAGUAAGACAAUACUUCCUGCCCAAGUUUUUCAAAGGGGCACAUCUUUACGAUUUGGAUGCCGCCGAGUACGAAGAGGCGCCUGCUCUGCCGUUUAAUCUCGCCACGGAGACAGAGCUGGGAAAUGGAACAUCAUACGCAGGGGAUGGUGAGAUACUAGAUGAAGUCAUCACCCGAAGCCGAGGCGAGUUCAGGCAUACGUCGAGUCCCAAAGUCACGAGCUCCACCGCUACGCCGGAAAACGACCCGAGAAGUCAUCGAAGCCCACGCCUCUCGAGUAGUCCACGUCUCGGUGAACUAAGAGGAGAAAGAAGCCCUCGGGCAAGAGGGUCUCAUAGUCCAAUGACGGGGGAACCAAGACAAUCUAAUCUGGGAAAGAGUCCUCUUAAUCCAGCGUCGGAUUAAGAGGGAACAUUGUUGAAUGCUUUGAUGAAAUCUCUUGUUAAAGAGCUUUUAAAAUGGUUUGGUCAUUUUCCCAGUUA